AUGGCUUCUGAGGCUGCUCAGAAUUUCCUUCAGCCACUGUCUUCUUGGAUGUCUCAAAUAUACGAAGCUAUCCAACAAGCAGGAGACUCUAUAUCUGCUUCACUGCUGAAUUUGAGUGGAGUGGGUCGUAAGUCAGAAGACGAGAGGAACCGGGACUUGGAGAAUAAUGGAGGAGUUUAUGAGGAUUAUUCUGAGGAAUCAGAUGAUGAACGACACCUGGACCUCUGGGAUGAGGAAUACUUAUAUCCUAGAGAAGAUGAUCACAUUAGGGGUCCUGAUCUUGCUUCACAAGACCUCCCUCGUGGCUCUGGCAUGGGUCUGCAGCAGCAAAAACAGGUUAAAAAUACCAGCAGCUUACCAGAGCAGUAUGUUGAAAGCACCGGGUCUUUGAUAGCCAAUGGAUCCUACUGGACGAAUGAAGAUCUCCAGCCGCUUGAUCGUCUUCCUCCCAUCGCUGAGGAAGAAGGUGAGCCCUCUAGGAGGAUGGGAGGUCAUAAGCACAACCUCAGCUUGGGUGGCUCCUUAAAAAGUAAUAAUGGCAAGGCAAGUUUUGCAGAUCUGGAUGGACUAAGCCAACUGAGUUACCAAGACAACCUAUCCUAUCAUGAAGAUGACCCUGUAUCUGUUGAUUCAAGAACAAGAACUGAGAGCAGGGGCACUGGGCAGCAUGAAGGACCUAGGAUGGCAUCCAGCAUCGCUGGCAGCAGUAGCCGGCAAGCCGCAGAAGGACGUCUGGAAGUGGAGGCAGCAUUUACCAACCAGGGAUGUGAAGUAAAUGAUGCUACUGACAGCUCAUCGGCUUGGACCCCUGAGGAACACGAGGAAGUGAACAGAGUACCAGCUCAUCGUGGUGCUCAUGAGCCCAUCUGUAAAUGUGGUGAUCUAGAUGUCGUCUUCAACUAUAAAGCCUCAAGUCAAAAGCUAGAAGUUACUAUCUUGGAGGCCAGGGAUAUCCCAGACAAAGACCGCAGUGGUGUGAGCACCUGGCAAGUGCACACAGUCCUGAUGCCUAGCAAGAAACAGAGGGGUAGGACAAGUGUUCAGAGAGGACCCAUCCCCAUGUUCAAGGAUAAAAUUACUUUCAGUAAGCUGGAGCCAGAGGAGUUAAGCAGCCACGCCAUUCGUUUCCGCCUCUAUGCGGUGCAGAAGAUGGUUGGAGAGAAGAUGAUGGGAGAGCAGUUGUUCUACCUGAGCAACGUCAACCAGGAAAGGGAAGUGAAGGUGACAUUGGUUUUGGAACCAAGGAGUAAUUUGAGCGUAAACUCUCAGCUGAGUCUGUCAGCAAUCUCUCACAGUGAUAGCGCUUCUUCAACACAGUCCCUGUCGCAUGGAGGGGUGCCAGAGCUGCUCGUGGGAUUGUCGUACAAUGCCACUACGGGGCGGCUGUCAGUGGAGAUGAUCAAAGGCAGUCAUUUCCGAAACCUCGCAAUUAAUAGGCCACCUGACACCUAUGGAAAGCUCUACCUGCUCAACUCGGUGGGCCAGGAGAUGUCUCGCUGCAAGACCUCCAUCCGUCGAGGACAGCCCAACCCUGUCUACAAGGAAACUUUCAUCUUCCAGGUCGCCCUCUUCCAGCUCUCUGAUGUCACGCUGAUGAUCUCCAUAUACAACAGACGCAGCAUGAAGCGCAAAGAGAUGAUCGGCUGGAUUUCUAUGGGUCAGAAUAGCAGCGGAGAGGAAGAGCAAAGUCAUUGGCAAGAAAUGAAGGAGUCGAAGGGGACGCAGAUCUGCAGGUGGCACACGCUACUGGAGUCCUAG